UUAUACACGCUGUUAAGGGAGAGUCAGUGGAGCGGCAGUUCUUCCGAAGUUACGCCGAGACCUCCAUAACAAUGUUGCGCUCGAGAUGAGUCGCCAGCAGGACGAGCAGGGUGUCGUGUUAACCGCUUACACCAGCAACAGCGAGGCCUUGCCAGCGAUCAGCUGUAAAGAGCAAACGGAGUUUCUCGGAGCGAGCCGCAGAACCGGCCAGUACAAUGUCCAGCGGUGCAAAGGCUCAGGUAAGGCACCGUACCAGCGCUGCAGCUCCCAGGACUCUCUGGACGAGCAGGCCAUGGUGGACUACUUCAAAGAGGUGGAGAUCAUCCAGCGCAGCGGAGAUGCAGAGACGCAGGAGGACCUGCAGCUGAAGGUGGCUGAUGAGGGCGAGCAGGAGGAGGCAUGGCUGAUGGAGGCGGGGCUUGCGACGCUGUUCGACGAAUCGGCUUCAGACGGCGAGGACAGCAUCGUUCUGCUGUCAACUCUGACCCGAACGCAAGCAGCCGCCGUGGAGAGACGCGUGGAGACACUCAAACAGACGCUACGCAAACGCAACAAACCGUACAGUGUCCCGGAUGUUCGAGAGAUCUUUAAACCAUCACCUGCUUCACAAAGCAAAGAUGAGGCUGGAUCCACAGAAAGAAGUGCGAGCAGUAAACGGGAAGUGGAAGGACUGGGGAAUGGGGCGGGGCCUGACGCUCCAGGGGGCGGAGCCGACGCUGAGACGGACAUUAACCUGGAGGUGUCGUUCUCCGAGCAAGCACUUAUCUACAAAGAAGGGUUGAAGGUUACCCAGCCCCAGAAUGAAGCUGACGACAGGUUACCCGAUUUUAGAGUGUCUCAGGAUAAGACCGGACAGACAAGAGUAGGCGAUCUCUCCGCUGAGGACAUGAAGAAGGUUCGCAGGCUUGUUCUGAUCGAGAUGAGCGCUCUGUUCGACACGUGUGGCAUCGAGGUGAAAGCUCAUAAAGCUCUCAAGGUCAAAGUGAGAGAGUCGGGUUUGUUUGGUGUUUCUCUCUCUACGCUGCUGGAGCAAGACCAGCGGAGGAUCCCGGGAACCAAAGUGCCUCUUAUCCUGCAGCAUGUAAGAGAGCAGAGCCUGAACUAUUUCUCUACAAACACUCACCUUUGUUUACUUCUGUUAGACUCCAGUCUAUUCAAACGGAGGACUAAAGCAGAUCCAGCUGGAUGGUGUUUCUGUGUCUUUCAGGCUCUGAUGGAGUUCUUUCAAAGAGUGACUGACCAUAAGGACAGGAAUAAGAUGACGCUGAACAAUGUUGCAGUGGUGAUGGCACCCAACAUCUUCAUGUGUAAGGGCUUCCGCAGUAAGAUCAGUGAACAGCAGGAGUUCGCUAUGGCCACUGGCACCGCUAACAUCGUCAGGCUGCUCGUCCGCUACCAGAACCUCCUCUGGACGAUUCCCAAGUUCGUCCUGAAUCAGGUGCGCAAACACAACACGGAGAACCAGCGGAAGAUGAACCGAGACCGAGCGGUUAAAAAACUACUGAAGAAGAUGGCGUACGACCGCGAGAGAGCCUCUGACAAACAGGAGAAAAACACUGAGGUGAGAGGAGUUACACAAACACCGAGCACUACACUGAGCUGAAGGACGGAUCAAAUCUAAGCAGGAAAUAUAAUCAGACAUCAUAGA